AUGAUAGUAAAAACCAUAGAGCAAAAACACAUCGAGCAGUUUAUCGAGGAAGCAAAAGGGAGUACUGAUUCGAAUGAUGCAGAGUCAUUACUUACUUCUGAAGAAGAAGAACAAUUUGAUGCUAUCAAAGAUAAAGUUGAUUAUGAUAAAACUUGGAAUCAAAAUCUUGAAAUAAUUAGGGAAGCAGUAGCUCCUUUCGAAGUUGGACACACCUUACCAAAUUUUGAGGAAACAUUGAAUACACUUGGAAUUGAAAUAAGAUUGCCUUAUCAGUUUCGAGGAAAGUAUGCCACUGACGAAGGAGAAGAAGAAGUUCGCCCUGCCCCAGAAGAUGAAACCGAAUACAAACUAGUUGACAAUGCUGAUAUUCAUGAAGAGUUCGUUCUUGAUGAAGAUGGAAGAAGAAAAAUAGUUUAUUCUCCUGACCGAGUUGAACCGAUUGAAUAUACACUUCAACCUAACGAUGAAAAGGUAGGCAUUCCUUAUUCAGAUGGUCGCCAAAGAAUCCGAACUAAGACCGGUUAUUGA